AUGCAUAAAUGUGAGCAGGUGCAACCUUUGUGCAUCUCAAACUUGUCCUGGCAUACCAAUCCCGAGGCCCAAACCGGGGACAGGAAGCAGACGGCAGAUGAUUUGCUGUCGAGGCUUUUAAAAGAGUGCCACGACCCGCAGAACUGCUCGCCCAAUUGGGAAUCCGCAAAGGGGCCAUCCUACAAAGAAAUUGUAGGACGGCUGAGCCAAGUACGCCAAGCUGCAGCACAAAGGUGCCAAGUGAACAACCGAGCCCCCAAGUUGGCGAGGACUGUGCCGCACAAAUCCGGAUCCAAUACGGUGGCUCGGCACAUGCCAAGAACGCAUUUGAGCUCGGCCUGUGCGACGACAUCGAUGGUUUCCUGGUGGGUGGGGCAUCUUUGA